AGAGACGACCUCUGACCUCCAGAGAAACCGUCACAGAUCACUCGACUGUCGUGUACUCGGAGUCCAGGUAGAAACUGCUCCACCCCUACCUGGAAGAGGAAGAGGCGGAAGAGAAACCGACAGUUCGGCCAUGUUGUUCCUCCGGGCUGCGGCUCUCAGCUGCGGAGGUCUGACCGCUCUGCGCUGCCUGCCCGCCGGCUACACCGCCUCUAGAGCUACCGCUACGUACAUCCAGGGCCAGAGCCCCGAGCCACGCAUCCGAGAGUACUUCUACUAUAUGGACCACCAGGGACAGCUUUUCCUCGAUGACACUAAAGUGAAGAACUUUGUCACCUGCUUCAAAGAUAAACAGUUCCUGGUCUUCUUCUUCAGUCGUCUGCGUUCAAAUCAGAGCGGGCGCUAUGAGGAGGACUUCCCCUUCCUGUCCUUGUGCGGGAGGGAGAGGAACUUCCUGCGCUGUGAUGACCGACCUGUGGUCUUCACUCACCUGCUGCAGACCCCUGCAGGGUCGCAGGGGAUCAUGGGAGGAGACCAGGAGCUGCUGUCGUACUGCGGCGGAGCGGAGAAGCUGUCCUUCCCAUUCCGCCCUGAGGCUCUGUACAUGCAUCCCAUCAGUGGACGAGUGUAUCAUCCCUGCUCAGAGCGCUCAGGGAGGGUCGGCCUGGUCCGGUCUGCUCUGGCUAUCGAGCUCAGCCCAUUUUUUGUUUAUGCUCCAGAGCAGGGCCAAUCAGGACAGCCCACACAUUUUCUCUGGGGAGGACAUAAGCACACUCUGACCAAUGAGCUCGCAGGAUUCUUCCCCUCGGCAGAUGAAGGCAGCGGGCAGCAGGGAGACCUGGGAUAAUGGCCAGAACUAGUCAAAGGUUUACUUUAGUUUCUGAAAAAUUUCCCCAUUCAGCCACAUAUGCCAUGUCUUUCCCAAAUACAUGUGGGAGAAGACUACUGCUGUGGGGCUCACAGUGUGGUUGUCACAGUUAGAAGGAUGAGCCGAUGUGUCCUCCUGUCCUAAUAUAUGUGACACAUGAGAAGUGGACUGUCAUUCACUGUUGAUACAGUGUGUGAUGCAGACUUCAUUGGUUAGAUUAGUGCAUUGCAUCAACACAGGCUGCAGUUCAAAACAAUUCACUAGCAAAAAGUAAAGAGAAAAGUCUGAAAACAUACUGUUUGUUUUGCAGCCUCUCAGAUUUAUUAUGUGACCUCCUGUUUUGGCCACUGCUGAUCUAAAGCUACAGGUGCUGAGAUAAAGAGGUUGAAAGCUUGAUGUAUUUCAGCUCAGACCUGUGUCACCACAUUUAAAGAUCAGGUCCUGUCAUGUGAAAAUAUGGCACUGAAUAUAAAUAAGAGAAAUGAGCAGUUUGGUUAGAUUGGUUACAGAUGGUUAUAUAUCACAAAUACAGCAACAUUUAUAAAAACAACUAGAGCAUCUCCACAGCUUCAGCAAAGACACAUAGACAUACACAAUUCUAACAAUGGGCUUUUUAUGUAUAAGUGAUGCCAGGAGCAUUUCUGAUAACUGAAAUGUGCUUUGGCAACAACCUCAUUUCAAACAUUUUGAAAUAUACUACUGAAGAUAUUGUUGGUUGUUGAAUAAAUAAGAUAUAUGUUGCUUAUUGUUUUUUGCUUUGUUAAUGUCAGUUUUUAUCUCAG